AUGACUAAUGAAAUAAACUCAGCGACGGUAACCCAGGAUGAGGUUAUAAAAUGGAGUAGAGAGGCUCAAUCAACGUUAGAGAAAACACAAAAAAUAUGCACGGAUGCCCAGUCCCUGAUGCAGAAGACAGCACAAGAAUUGACAAUUUUGAUACCAGACAAACUACAAGCAAUUGAGUUUUUAUUCAAAUCCUAUAGAGAGCAAUAUGACAGUAUUUUGAAGCAAAUUGAAACUACCAAGAUUUACUUACAUACAAAUAUCGACAAAGUGUUCAAUGAUAUCAAAGAUCUUUUGGAUCCAUCUUUAGCCAGAUUAAACAAUAUACUACUUGAAUUAAAGAAAACACGAGUGCCUUCGAUUGUUGUUGAGGGAACUUCUGAAGGCAAAACAUUGUUUGACUUUACAUCUAUUCAAUCAAUCAACCUACUUAAAGAGAAUAUUGGGAUUUUCAAAUCAAAUUGUAGUAAAAUCAAGAAUUUACUAGACCUCGAAGUUAAGGAAAAACUAAAUAUUGAACAGGAUCGUAUGAAUAGCAGAUGGAACAAAUCAGUCAAGAUGUAUGAUUUGAUUGCACCCUUACAAUUGGAACUAAGAGCUUUGAUACACGGCGCUUCAAACGAAUCAAAUUCAUUCAUGGGGACAAUACUACGGGAAAACCAAGCCCUCGAAAAUGAAUUGGUAUCAAUAUUGGAAAUGCAGACGAACCAUUUUGAUCAAUGCAUGAAAGCGGUGGAAUUAAUCUCAUCGGGGAACGGAUGCGAUAUGAAUCUUGGUGUCUUAAAGAACGACGCCCAGGAGUUACCAGAGGUGUUUAAAGAACUAACUACAAUUUAUGACAUUAUACUUCGAAACGAGGAAAGAUCUAAAAAGUUUUUGGCUACACAUAUGCCAAAUAUUGAAAAAAUAUCAGACAUUGUCAAAGAAGAGUUGGCUGUAUUCCGAAAAUUUAAGACAGAAGAAAUUCCAAGGUAUACGUUUCUUAUAGCGGAAUGUGAAAAUAAACUCAAGGAAUGCUCAAUGCCGGUAAAAUCUGACCAAUCACCAAGUCAAGUGUACACGCAGACCUUGCAAGAGUUGACUGAGCAUUAUGUUAAAUUUAUAAACAUUUACAAGACCAAAUAUCUAGCAGAACUACAUCAUCAACAAUUUACGUAUCCAAGAAAAUUUUUAAAAAAACUAACAGAGUUUUUGAAUGAAGACAUUUAUAGAAUUCAAAUAGAGGAGAGUGAAAGAAGACGCCAAUGGACAUCUAGAUAUGGUGAAUUCAUUCCAUCGGAGUUCAAGCUUCCCGGAGAACACGAAUUGCCAGUCAUUGUACAGAUUAUUACAGAAGGACUAGAAUAUAUACAGAAAGAAGAUGGCCAAGAAGAAGAGCCUAACAUAGGAAAUGAGAAAGAGUUGAUGGACAUGAUCACCGGAUCCAACAAGUAA